ACAGUCCCUAAACAAUUGCUCCGCAGUAUGGUGGACAGGACUCACUCGAAAAGAUGGCAUUCUAAGUAUUAUGACAAGGUCGGAUACUCCCUUUCUGCAAGGAACAACAUAGUUCUCAAGCCAGGAUGGCCGACACCUGGACCGGACUACAGGUUGAUCGACCCGGAUACAUGCGACUGGGCUAUGAGAACGCCCGAAAGACUGCGGAUGAGCUCGUUCAAUUGCAAUAAGCCCACGACACAUGGCUACACCGUCGCCAUCAAUGGGCUGCACACAGCGAAGUUAUACGCCCAUCACUCUGGCGCCAGCGGGAGCGACUAUGGAGAUGCGGAUACUAUCUCUAGCCAUACGCUGUGGAUGUACAUGCCUGUCGAACAGGGCGAGUGCCUCAAGGAGAUUUGGGCUAUCAAAACUUCCGCCUCUGGAACAGUAGCAUUGAUGUUCCUCACCAGCCACGAACGAGGCUUCAUCUUCGGGGUGUAUUAUUUUACAUCCCGGCAUCAACUUCAGUCUCACUGCACUUACGCAACAACAAAUGGCUCUGAGCUGCUGGUUGUUCGAGAAUCGCAUUCAUGGCGGACUUUCGAAGCCGUUCUGUCGCUAUCGAGUUUAUUGCGAUCCGACUUUGAAGUCUUCUUCGAUAAAGACAUUGGUCCGGUGACCGGUGACUUGCUCCUGUGGAGUCAUCCCUGAUGUGCUGAUAAGCGUGGUGUGGAGGACGUAGUCUGGGGGAAGAGCCUGACCCGUCGGCUGGUGUCGCUAGAGAUCUGAACCGGCAGUCUGGCGCGUGACACCGGGUAGCAUCGGCGGCCAAGCAAAACACUUGGACUUUUAUGAAUUUUUGAUGAUCUAUUCAUCACGGGCCCUGUCGGCCUCCUGGCGCUAUCGGUCUUGUUCAGACGUGGGCUCGGGGUUGGAUCUUGAGUCACGCCCACUCAUGUGUUGGGUCACGUAGUAGAAUCCAGUUCUUAGCUUAGUGGCUUGUGAUUCUGAUACUCCCCAUCUUUGCAUUUGAGAACCUCAAUUCAAGAACCCCAACA